UUUAGGAGACGAAGAUUUUAUAAAAUUCAAGUGGUGCCUGCAGCAACCAGAGUUCCUAGAAGGCUUCCCAGCAAUCCCAAAGAGUCGACUGGAGAAUGCAAGAAGAGAGCUCACAGUGACUCAGAUGUUCCUGACCUACAGUAUAAACACUAUUAAAGUGACAAAAAUCGUUUUAGGGGAGAUGAACCAGAAUGAUCUUGUGGAGAAAUUAUCAGAAAUUAUCUCAGAACCUGCAGAGAUUCUUCUUGAGUGCCAGCGAACACUGAAAAAUAACUUACAGAAGAAGUUCAAGUAUGUGUUUGAGGGGACUGCAAAAGCAGGACAUAAGGAACUUCUGAAUCAGAUCUACACAGAGAUCUACAUCUCAAUGGAAGAGACUAGAGAGGUCAACAUGGAACAUGAAGUCAGACAGAUUGAAACAGCAUCCAGGAAACCAGACAGACCAGAAACAACAAUCAAAUGUGAAGACAUCUUUAAAGCCUCACCUGGAAGUGAUGAACCAAUCAGAACAGUGAUGACAAAGGGAGUGGCUGGCAUCGGGAAAACAGUCUUAACACAGAAGUUCACUCUGGACUGGGCUGAAGACAAAGCCAACCAGGACAUACAGUUCACAUUUCCAUUCACUUUCAGAGAGCUGAAUGUGCUGAAAGAGAAGAAGUACAGCUUGGUGGAACUUGUUCAUCACUUCUUUACUGAAACCAAAGCAGCAGGAAUCUGCAGGUUUGAAGAGUUCCCGGUCGUGUUCAUCUUUGACGGUCUGGAUGAGUGUCGACUUCCUCUGGACUUCUUCAACAAUGAGAUCCUGACUGAUGUUACAGAGUCCACCUCAGUGGAUGUGCUGCUGACAAACCUCAUCAGAGGGAAACUGCUUCCCUCUGCUCGCCUCUGGAUAACCACACGACCCACAGCAGCCAAUCAGAUCCCUCCUGAGUGUGUUGACAUAGUGACAGAGGUCAGAGGGUUCACCGACCCACAGAAGGAGGAGUACUUCAAGAAGAGAUCUAAAGAUAAGAAGCAGACCAGUACAAUCAUCUCCCACAUCAAGACAUCACGAAGCCUCCACAUCAUGUGCCACAUCCCGGUCUUCUGCUGGAUCACUGCUAAAGUUCUGGAGGAGGUGUUGAAGACCGGAAAGGGAGGAGAGCUGCCCAAGACCCUGACUGAGAUGUACAUCCACUUCCUGGUGGUUCAGUCCAAACUGAAGAAGAUCAAAUAUGAUGGAGGAGCUGAGACAGAUCCACACUGGAGUCCAGAGAGCACUAAGAUGGUUGAGUCUCUGGGGAAACUGGCUUUUAAGCAGCUGGAGAAAGGCAACCUCUUCUAUGAAUCCGACCUGACAGAGUGUGGCAUCGAUAUCACAGCAGCCUCACGGUACUCAGGAGUGUUCACAGGAAUCUUUAAAGAGGAGAGAGAAAUUUACCAGAACAAGAUGUUCUGCUUCGUCCAUCUGAGUGUUCAAGAGUUUCUGGCUGCUCUUCACGUCCAUCUGACAUUCAUCAACUCUGGUGUCAAUCUGAUGGCAGAAGCAACAUGGUGGCCUAAAUUAUUUAGAGGGCAACCUAGACAAAUACAUCUCUACCAGAGGGCUGUGGACAAGGCCUUACAGAGUCGCAACGGACACCUGGACUUGUUCCUCCGCUUCCUCCUGGGUCUUUCACUAGAGACCAAUCAGACUCUCCUACAAGGUCUGCUGACACAGACAGGAAGUAGCUCACAGAUCAACCAGAAAGCUGUAGAGUACAUCAAGAAGAAGAUCAAUGAGGAUCUGUCACCAGAGAAAAGCAUCAAUCUGUUCCACUGUCUGAAUGAACUGAAUGAUGGUUCUCUAGUGGAGGAGAUCCAACAGUACCUGGGUUCAGGACGUCUCUCCACGGAUGAACUGUCUCCUGCUCAGUGGUCAGCUCUGGUCUUCAUCUUACUGUCAUCAGAAAAAGAUCUGGACGUGUUCGACCUGAAGAAAUACUCUGCUUCAGAGGAGGUUCUUCUGAGGCUGCUACCAGUGGUCAAAGCCUCCAACAAAGCUCUGCUGAGUGGCUGUAAACUCUCAGAGAGAAGCUGUGAAGCUCUGUCUUCAGUUCUCAGCUCCCAGUCCUCUAGUCUGAGAGAGCUGGAUCUGAGUAACAACAACCUGCAGGAUUCAGGAGUGAAGCUGUUGUCUGCUGGACUGAAGAGUCCACAAUGUACACUGGAAACUCUCAGGCUGUCAGACUGUCGGGUCACAGAGGCAGGCUGUGCUUCUCUGGCCUCAGCUCUGCAGUCCGAAUCCUCCAGUCUAAGAGAGCUGGACCUGAGUAACAACGACCUGCAGGAUUCAGGAGUGAAGCCACUUUCUGUUGGACUGCAGAGUCCACACUGUACACUGGAAACUCUCAGGCUGUCAGACUGUCGGGUCACAGAGGCAGGCUGUGCUUCUCUGGCCUCAGCUCUGUGGUCCGAAUCCUCCCAUCUGAGAGAGCUGGACCUGAGUAACAACGACCUACAGGAUUCAGGAGUAAAGCCGCUUUCUGUUGGACUGCAGAGUCCACACUGUACAUUGGUAACUCUCAGGCUGUCAGACUGUCGGGUCACAGAGGCAGGCUGUGCUUCUCUGGCCUCAGCUCUGCGGUCCGAAUCCUCCCAUCUGAGAGAGCUGGACCUGAGUAACAAUGACCUGCAGGAUUCAGGAGUGAAACCGCUGUCUGCUGGACUGCAGGAUCCACACUGUACACUGAAAACUCUCAGGCUGUCAGACUGUCAGGUCACAGAGGCAGGCUGUGCAUCUCUGGCCUCAGCUCUGUGGUCCGAAUCCUCCCAUCUGAGAGAGCUGGACCUGAGUAACAACGACCUGCAGGAUUCAGGAGUGAAGCCGCUGUGUGUUGGACUGAAGAGUCCACACUGUACACUGGAAACUCUCAGGUAA